ACAGUUUCACAGAUUCUUUGACAAUGAGUGUGCUUUAUAUAUUAGUAAUAACCAACGACUGCAGAUGGCUUAAAUCUAAAGGCAAGUCCCUGGAACUUUCAUCUCUGCAGCCCAUGCAAGAAUGCAUUAGAUAAAAUUAACAUCUUUCUAAUUUUUAUUGUGAUUUAAAUGCAAAUAAGUAUCUUGCAUGCAGAAACUCCCCCCUCCCGACACACACCCCAUGCUCGCUCUCAUCAGCUGUAUCAAGUGACUGCCUUAGACAACACUACAGCCUGGUCCGCGGAAGCAGCUGGGGGUUUCGACCAAGCUGGGCUCAGAAGCCAGUUGUUGGCGCUGUCCGUGGUGCUGAGGAAUUCCCGGCUGCCGGCAGGAUGAGCUCCGAAUCAGCAGUCUGCAAACUGCUCACAGCGAUGCCAAACCCCAGUUAAAGUUGCGCCUUUGCUUCACAUCCACAGUUAGAAUCUUCUGGUGUGUGAGGAGGGAUUCAGUCAACAUACUGUGGACGAUGCUGAUGCUUCUGCUGGUGGAGUGGGCUUUAAGCUUCAGUAUGCUGUUUCUGUUUGUGAUCCUCAGAGCCUAGCCAAGUCACCUCUACUGCCGUAGCAAACACUGUGGUGGGAGACUGCUUCUUGGCUGUGUUUUGAAAUGGGAAAUAGAGAGGAUGGAUUGCCUUUAAUUCAUGCCUGAAAAUGCAUUCUUUGGGUGACUAAAGAGGACCGGCUUACCUAAGAGAUACCUGACCUUUAAGUUCAGAUUGGUCUGUGACCCCCAGCACCACCGUUAACCUCAGAGUGACUAGCCCACCCCUCUUGCAUUCCCAUGGAAGGAGCUGAGUGUGUUUAAUAUUAGGAGAACAUCCAGAAGUCUGUGAGGAGGGGGAUGGCUCUUCAUAUUCAUGAAGCUUGCAUACUUCUAUUGGUCAUCCCUGGAUUGGUCACCUCUGCUGCCAUCAGUCACGAAGACUAUCCUGCUGAUGAAGGUGACCAGGCUUCCAGUAAUGACAAUCUGAUCUUUGAUGACUAUCGAGGGAAAGGGUGUGUGGAUGACAGCGGCUUUGUAUACAAGUUGGGAGAACGGUUUUUCCCGGGGCAUUCCAACUGUCCGUGUGUCUGUGCCCUAGAUGGACCUGUCUGUGACCAGCCAGAAUGCCCUAAAAUUCAUCCGAAAUGUACAAAGGUGGAACACAAUGGAUGCUGUCCCGAAUGUAAAGAAGUGAAAAACUUUUGUGAAUAUCAUGGGAAAAAUUACAAAAUCUUGGAGGAAUUUAAGCCCUCUCCAUGUGAAUGGUGUCGCUGUGAGCCCAGCAAUGAAGUUCACUGUGUUGUAGCAGACUGCGCAGUUCCUGAGUGUGUCAACCCAAUCUAUGAACCAGAGCAAUGUUGUCCUGUCUGCAAAAAUGGUCCAAACUGCUUUGCAGGAACUACAAUAAUUCCAGCUGGCAUUGAAGUGAAAGUGGACGACUGUAACAUCUGUCACUGUCACAACGGGGACUGGUGGAAACCUGCUCAGUGUUCAAAGCGCGAAUGCCAAGGCAAGCAGACUGUGUAGGGUAGAUUCCCGACCAGUGACUUGUUCUAGGAGGGGAUGCUAUGGCUUCUACACUGCACAUGUAUCGCGCUCAACAGAAUGAGCAAACCAACCCCUGCCAGCUACAACAGGGUCACCAGCAAAACCUUCUGGGGUUGACAAAAGUGAAUAUUUUACGAAGAGGAAAUCUCUCUCUCUUUCUCUUGCUAUAUAAAAUAUACAUAGCAUAUAGCUAUCUACACCACUUUUGUAAUUGCCAAUGCUUGAUGGUAACUAGACAACCAAGCUUUCUUGGACAAGAAAGAAAGAAAACAGCCUUGGACAGGCUCCUUCCCAGGUGAUGUCUCUGACCUGCCGCCUCACAUCCCUUGAUUUACUCCAUCUUUCCUCUGAUGUGCACCCUACAUUUCUCUAUUGUAUGUUUUCUACCUUUGGAAUCUAAAGGGGUCAGAUUGGACUACAUGGUAAAGUUUUGUGUUUUCAUGAGAAGUGUUUGAUAAAGAAACUUUGUGGGAAAAUAUCCUUCCAGAGGGGGAAGAUUGAAGAGUAUCCAAGUCUUGGCUCUCUUGGGGGUAGUUAUGUUUGUAGGCUAACAAAUAGAAAGGUAAACUGGGCCCUCUGACAAUCAGGUAAGGAAUGGGUAUUUUGACCAAUAUGUUGGGGCUCACUGUUGAUUCUUACAGACCACGCAUUUUACACAUAAAAUUUUGAAACUGCCUAUCAGAACCAAGUAGGUGAGCGAGAACACCAUGUGUUGACCCAAGAACCCACAGAGACAGGUAUUUAAAACUGUAGCAUUUAAUCAUCGGACUUCUUCAUGAUGCCAGCCUUGAGUCUGGUUUAUAAUUAAACACACAGCAAAGCCCACCUUGUCAUCGGGCGAUAUAAAUACCAGAACCAGGGUGAGUAGCCCCACUGUGAAUCAAUCUUUCUAAACAUUUCUGACUUUCAAGUACCAGUUUGGCUGAAAGCCACAGCAGUUUUUAUGGUUCAGGACUGUGUUUUCCAUGUUACAGUAACAACCACUCAGCCCUAAAUCUAAAAUCCAGAUUCAGGACACUCUUUCCACCUUAAGUGCUGAUGUAAAUUAAAGAUUAGGGUAGAGUGAGUCUUGCACAAUACAAUUUCAUUAGUUGAACAUUUUUUUAAUGUAUAUAUAAUAGAUACUAAACGAUUAAAGAGAACUUUUGAAGCGUCUCAAGGUUGCCCUGGUAAUGCUGCUAGUCUAAUAAUGGAAAAUAUUAAUAAUAAAAGAAAUACACAGGGUAUCUGAUGCCACCUCUAGUCAAGUGCAAAAUUCCCAGCUCUGAGACCACAUGGCCUAGUUCACUCUCUGUCCUAAAAACCUUGGUGCAGAUUUGAUAAGAUCCUUAGGAAACUUCAAAGUUUUCUUCAUCUCCAGUUGUCUUUCUUUUUCCUGUUUUCGGCUCCCACCCGUAAUAUACACUUCAUGUGGCUUCUGUGAAGGAUCGCAUUGCAUAGAAAGAUAUCUCAGUGUCAGUUUCUGAUAUUUGGGGCUAGAUUGGUAGGGAGUGUGCUGCCCGCUCUUAUGAUACUAAGCGACAUUCUUAGAUUUCAUGCCCUAGGUAGCAGGAAUACCCAACUAGUUAUAUCAACCAAAUGUCCCCAGACAUAGCCUAAAGUCAUCAACGGGUGUGGCUAGGGAACAAAAUGUCACCUGGCUAAGGAGCUGUGUCAUGCAGCUAUAUCAUGUGUGCCAUAUAAUGAUCUGGGCAGCUUCGACUGCCCACAUAUGGCUUUGUUGAGCCCUUGAGCCCUUUGGAUCAUGCACAAACAGUAACUCCAAGGGUCAGUCUCCUCCCUGUCAAGUGGUGUUUCUAACACCCACUCUCCGGACACCAGUUUCUUUAGUCUCAUAAAUUAGUUUUCUCAUUCAAAAUUGUCAGCCUCUCCUUCCUGGAAGCACUGCCUGUCAUCAAGAAAGAGUUGUCAUUUCCAAAAUUAAUGUGCUGACGAGCCAGACCUGACACUUUUUACACACAGUGUGCUUGUGUUAUGAUACAAAUAACCAUCCUGGUGCCAUCCGAGGAAGAACACCCAGCCGCCUUCCUUUAGAACACCAAUUUGCUGCGAGGUUGGUGCCUUUCAGUUCCCACUAUGGAUACAUCAUAGAGACAGCCAUGAAUCAUUCAUGAGCAAUUCUGCAUGAUUUAUGCCUACACUCAAAAGCAAAGGCACUCCAUACUUCAGUCCAUGUCUAGACAGAGUUGUACUAUACAGUUUUCUUUGCCCUGAGGUUGCCUAAUGCCAGUUCCAAAAACUCACAUUCUUGGAAAGAAAUAAUAAUAUUAAUUAUUAUUAUAAUAAAUGACAGGAAUAAGGUUUAAAACUGAGAAAAAUAUCGCUACUAGAGAGAGCCAUGUAGCCUAGACCCUUCUCUAUUAUUAAGGAGCUACUACGUCCUUGUUAGAGAUGGGAUGUGCAGCUUGGAAGGGAAGAUACAGAGAUUUUGCAUCAAAGUCUGAGCCCACUGACAUUCCCAGCAAGGAUUCGGUAGGCUAGAGUGUAACAACCAUCAAGACUCUUCAGACAGUUCGCAGCUGCCAGCGGAUCAAUAGUGGCCUCUGUGACAAACUUGAGAAGGGGAUUUUUAUCAUUGUUUGUGUCAGGUUUGGGCUUGGUUUCUUUUGUGUGUUUGUUAUGUUCUUUUGGUUGUUCAGUUUCACUACAGCAUGUCCUUUAUCACUCCGAAGCACCAAUGUUUUCCCACCUUUAGGAAGAGACAAAGCAGAAUUUCUGUGGCAGGAUUUCUCAUAAAUGGAUAAACAUUCAACAAUUUCCUACUACCAGGUCACUGAGAAAUUCUUUCCAAGCUCAGACAUCAGAGUUCUUCUGAUCUAACCAUUUUAUUAUUGUUGUUUCUUUUUAAGGCUUUGAUUGCAGCCACAGUUACCUCUGUUACCAUUUCUCCUCUGCCUUUGGCUCUCGGCUUUAAAUUCAACUAUGUUUAAAUAAGGGAUCAGUAUCUGGUUUGUCAGCUAAUGCCUGUUAAACUGAUUCAGUUUCUAAAACCUUUGAAAAAUGGUGUGCCUGAAAACUAGUGAGAGAGAGAGACAAAACAAAACAAAAAAACCACUAAAUACUAAACUGUACAAAAAGGGAUUCUAGCAACAAUAUUUGAUGUGUAAAAGAAUAUAUUAUUAAAAAAUUAUUUUGUUAAAUAUAAAGUGUGUUAACCAGUGAACAUUGUUUGUGGUAUAUGUUACUUCCCAGGUUUCUCCUUUCUCUACCCCUUAGUCAAUACUUUGGUAUUGACCUGUGUGCAUUUUUCAUUUUUCAAAAUAUGAGGCUGAUCUGGGGUGUGUCAGAAAUCGAGACUCAAAUAAACUGCAAGUGAGGGUUCUUUAAAUGGUAGGGACAAACCUUCUCUCUCUCUCCACACUUACUCAGCGCUACAGUGUGUGAGUGCUCAGGAAUGCCACACACACUGCUGGCCUCAAAGACUGCAGCCUCAUGGUCAGUCUUCAAACAGCCCUAUGAGGAAGGAAUCUUGCCUGUGUUUUACUACAGAGAACACCAAAAUGCAAAGAGACUAGUGCUUUGGCUGGUUUGCUUGACAUCAUGAUAUGGAAAGUGGCCAUGCAGAAAUGGAUUAUAAAAAUUUUCAAAUAGUCAAUAAAAUAGUAUGAGGGUCCUCUACUUCCUCAUUGUCCCAAUCCAGUAGUUACUAAGAUUUUGCAGAAUAGCGAACCUACUAAUUUCUAUCCAUGAUAUCGAGCAUAUACCCAUUCAUCUCUGAAAUAACAUAAUCAUCUUUUUUAAAGGUGGUAUUUUCUUACAAAACUGUAUUGUUAUAUUAUCAAGCCCAGCAAAAUUAGUAACCUUAGGACUAUCCAAUAUGCAGUCCAUAUUAAAAAAGAUUUAAAAAAAAACAUGUAAGAAGAAAAUGUGUUUUUAUAAUCCAAAAUGGUCUUAUAUUUGGUUGAUGUGCCUUUUAAAUCUGAAAUACAGAUUUAAACCUUGCCAGCCACAGCUAAAAAACUCUGACAAGACCCCUGCGUCUGUUGUUAUUUGAAAAUUUUUACUGAGAAUAUUAUUCUUUCAAUACCCAUGUUCGACUUCACCAAUUGACUUUCAAGAAGCAACAGAAUCAGGUCCAGAGUAAACAUUACUGCUGGCAUCCAGUACCCAGAGCACGUACCUCUUUGUCUUCUUUGUACACAAACCCUCUACAGGAGUCGUAAUGAAAUGUUAUUGUCAUGCUCCUUGAGACAAACCCACUGCCUAAUGCAAAGUUAUGUGAACAAUAUUAUAUUAUUAUAACUACCAUCACUUUCUACAUUACUAGAGAAUGGGGGGAAAUACCCACUCAGAAAACAUCAGCAUUGUGUCCCUAAGCACAUAAAGACACAUCUGUAUCCUACCAAGGUUUUCAUAAAACAAAAUUAGACUUCCUUGCAUACAUUGAACUUUCUAGUCCCUGAGUCCUCAAAGUUUCAUACAGCAGACCCUUGAGAAGCAGAGAACUAUGAACCAAGGCUCAGGUCUGUCGAUGCCAUUUGAAGAUGUGUGUUGAGAAUAGUACUCUUCGUUUAAAAAGUAUCGUCAUGAUUUUGAAAGGCAAAAUGUUAUCGCUGACUCGUCAAACUCACCUGUGCUUGCUGACCGCAUUUUUUUAUAUGCAUCAGAUUGACACCCAAAACAUCCUGUUUUGGGAUCCUGAGGCUCCACGAUCAAGGUUAUGCACCGAGAAGACAGACUAUUUAUAAAAGUUAAGUAAGUUGAACUGGGGGAUAGGGAAAAGCUCCAGGAGUAAAGUGUUUGCCACAUACACAGGAGUCCUGGGCUCAGAUCCCCAUCACUCAGGUAAGAACCUGGGCAUGGCAGCCCUGAGGAUGGGAAGUGAAACAGGAGAAGCGCCAGGGUUUGUGGGCUGACUGGUCUAACCUGAUAAAACCAGAUGCAAUAAACAGGGGACAAUAAGGAAAAAACCUGAAUUGACUUAUAGACACAACCUACACAUGGACUGAAAUCCAGUGUGUCUCCACACAAGCACACAUGCAUAGGCCCACCCCUCCUCUCCUCUUCCUACGUGAACUCCUUAGAAUUUCUACCGCUGAAUUUUAAAGGUUCCAUUUACUUUCUAUUACAAAUGCUUUCAGUAGUGGCUAUGACAUGAGUUUUGUUUUGAUUUUUUUUUCUUAUUCUUUCCAUUUCAAAUGCUAAAUAUCUCCCAUACCCCCACUACAAAUAGGCUUUGAGUAGACUCACUUUCAAACAGCUACCCUAUUACAAUUAAUUUAAAGCUGAAAAGUAUUCCAAUAAAAGACCCUUUUUUUUUCUCCAAGUAAAUGAACACAUACAGUAACAGGAGUAGGAGGAACUAGAAUAUAAGACUCAGCUGCUAUUACUUGAGUUUCUUGGUGUGUCAGACACGGUAUUAGAUGCCAUACAUAAGACAGUGACUUCUGUCACCCUCACGACUAUAAUGAAAUUAUUGACUGAAUCGCCAUUUUGCAGACUCUAACACAGAAGCCAGAGAACAUUUGGUUUUCCUGGGCUUACAUGUCUAAGCAGAACUGUCUUCAUAGCACAGAGUUGAAAGCACUGAGUAGAAGAGUCCAACGAAGUAGUUUAAAUUAAAACCUGGAAGGUCCUAUUGGAGAUCAUCUGCCAUCAUUAAGUGAUACUGGAUUUUGAUACUGUACCUUAGGUAUGACUUAUGUAUAUAUUUAGGGGAAAGGAAUGGUAUGUUUUGGGAGUGACAAGCAAUUAGAUAUGAUUCAAGUAUGAGGCUACAGAUGCAGGCAUGUACUAAAAGAUGCAUCUGGGAAGAAAAACUCAAUUGUCGAGACCUGGAAAACCAUACUAAGAAAACUGAACCUGCCUUUUAUUGGCUUUGCAGAUUCAUUGUAAUAAUAAGAGAAAGAAGGUGGCAUGGUUAUAUUCAUAUCUCACAGACAAUUGUGACAGCAGAGUGAAGAAUGGAUUGGAGACCAAAGAGGUGGGGACACUAAUGGUAGACAAUUACAGAAGCCUGGUAAAGAAAUAACAAGAAUCCAAUUUAGUGUGAGUGAGACUCAAACACAUCAGUUAGGACAACAGUACUUCACUGAGGCUCCAAUAAGAUGUCAGUCACAUCACUGGCUCAUGACAUUAGAAGGAUGGUAUUUCCAAUGACAACAACCAAUAAUGUGAAGCCUAUAGUUUACUUGGUGUGGCACCUGAUAUCAUGUUAGGACACUAUGCCAAAGUUGCUAGUAACAUAUUAGUACUUCAGAGUCCAGUACAGAUGUAUCUGUCUCCCAGACACCACACCUGUUUGCCAACCUACUUUUAUCUUGACUCGAGCAAUUGCAACUUGAAUAGCCAACAUCACUACUGAUCAGAUGGACUUUUAUGUAUGUAUUUUUGAAAAGAGUCUGUAUUUGGAAGGUAAGACGAAAACAAUUCUUUAAUUGUUUUUUUCUUUUUGCAAAUGUUAAGCUCUUAUUACAAUAUAUCUGCAUACUGUGAAAUAAAAGUACCCAUAGCUUCUAUCCCUUACCCUGACAUGAACCCCUUUAAAUAAAUAGACAGACUAAUAAGAGAAUUACUUAGAUAUCCACUGUGGCCAUCUGGGUUUGGUUUUCUAUGGAACAUAUAGGGGUAAUGGGGUAGUUAGAUCCCAAGAAAACCUUUUAAUAUGAGGUCUCUGAAAUAUCUAACUUUCUACAUGUACACAGAAUAUGCAUGCAUGUGAGCACACAAACACACACACACAAACACAAACACACACACACA